CCGGUUAACCCUGGAGUAAUUAUGAGCCAGCUGUUUAGCAGAUGAACUGUUUGCGUCUGUUGGCUGUGAUUCCCAACGGUUUAAGACUUGCGGCUUCCCGGUCCCGAGUCGCCAGCCUGGUUCAAACCUCUUUGCGUUCUCAAAGCAGAGUUGUUGCAGCAGGCUCCUGGCGGUCCUCAACUGCUCAUCUGGGUGUACCGUUUUCCUGUUGUGAUCGCAUCAUGGAAAAUCAGUUGGCUAAAUCAGCUGAAGAACGAACAUUUCAGUACCAGGAUUCUCUUCCAUCUCUGCCUGUUCCUUCACUUGAAGAAUCAUUAAAAAAAUACCUUGAAUCAGUAAAGCCGUUUGCAAAUAAAGAAGAAUAUAAAAAAACUGAAGGAAUUGUUCAAAAAUUUCAAGAUGGUAUUGGAAUGAAACUGCACCAGAAAUUACUGGAAAGGGCAAAAGGAAAAAGAAAUUGGCUGGAAGAAUGGUGGCUGAAUUUUGCCUAUCUGAAUGUUCGUUUACCAUCACAACUAAAUGUCAAUUUUGCUGGUCCUGGACUUUACUUUGAACACUACUGGCCUCCGAAGGAAGGCACUCAUUUGGAAAGAGGAAGUAUAUAUCUUUGGCAUAACUUGAACUACUGGCAGCUACUAAGAAAAGAAAAAGUACCAGUUGAUAAAAGUGGAAAUACUCCUCUAGAUAUGAAUCAGUUCCGAAUGCUGUUUUCUACCUGCAGGAUUCCAGGGAUUUCUAGAGAUUCAAUUAAAAGUUAUUUUAGGACUGAGAGCGAAGGACAUUCUCCAUCUCACCUUACAGUGCUUUGUCGUGGCCGAGUUUUUGUCUUUGAUACAAUACAGGAAGGGUGUUUGAUCACCCCACCAGAGAUUUACAGGCAAUUGGCAUACAUUCACAAGAAGUGCCAUAGUGAACCUGAUGGACCUGGGAUAGCAGCAUUGACUAGUGAGGAGCGAACUCAAUGGGCUAAGGCGCGUGAAUAUUUAAUUAGUCUUGAUCCAGAGAACUUGACUAUGUUAGAAAAAAUUCAGAGCAGUGUACUGGUAUAUUCCAUAGAGGAUAGCAGUCCACAUGUAACACCAGGAAAUUAUUCUCAGGUAACCGCACAGACUCUUACAGGAGAUCCAACUGUACGCUGGGGAGAUAAAUCUUAUAACUUGGUUUCCUUUUCCAAUGGAGUAUUUGGCUCUAGUUGUGAUCAUGCUCCUCUUGAUGGAAUGGUUAUUGUGAACAUAAACCAUUAUGUUGAUAAGAAGAUUUUUGAGAAUGAAGGAAGAUGGAAGGGUUCAGAAAAAGUACGGGAUAUAUCACUUCCAGAGGAGCUUGUUUUCACUGUGGAUGAUAAAAUACUAAACGACAUUAAUCAAGCUAAAGCCCAAUAUCUCAAGCAGGCAUCUGAUCUGCAGAUUGUGGUGUAUCCCUUUACAUCUUUUGGCAAAAAGCUAACCAAGAAGAAGAUGCUUCACCCUGAUACAUUUAUUCAACUUGCACUUCAGCUGGCCUAUUAUAGACUUACUGGAUGUCCUGGCAGCUGCUAUGAAACUGCUAUGACGAGGUAUUUUUAUCAUGGCCGUACAGAGACUAUGCGAUCAUGUACAGUAGAAGCAUUGAGGUGGUGCCAAUCCAUGCAGGAUCCUUCUACUAGUCUCCUUGAACGACAACAAAAGAUGUUACAAGCUUUUACAAAACAUAAUAAAAUGAUGAAAGAUUGUUCAUCUGGAAAAGGAUUUGACCGUCAUCUUCUAGGUCUUUUACUCAUAGCAAAAGAGGAAGGUCUUCCUGUUCCAGAGCUAUUUACAGACCCACUUUUCUCCAAAAGUGGAGGAGGUGGAAACUUUGUUCUCUCAACAAGUCUGAUUGGUUAUUUAAACUUGCUUGGAGUGGUGGCUCCCAUGGUCCACAAUGGCUAUGGAUUUUUCUACCAUAUCAGAGAUGACAGGUUUCUUGUGAUCUGUUCAACUUGGAAAUCAUGUCCAGAGACUGAUGCAGAAAAGCUAGUUCUGCUGGUUUUUCAUGCUUUGCAUGAUAUGAUGCAGCUAAUGAACACUGCUCAUCUUUAGAGACUAAUCAUUUAUUAAGCAUUUACAAAAAUAUUAAACUGGGUGUGGAGAGUGGGUUGGUGAUGUGAGAUAGAAAGGGAUAUUGACCCUAAAGGAAACCUAUUAAAUCUAGAAAUUAGUAGAAUCAUGCUAAGUUUAUUCUCACAUAGAAGAUUAAAGUAUGAAUUUUAAACUUCCUCUGAUGCAGUAGCAGUACAGAUAUUAAAUGUAGAACUAUGAAAAAGUUGAAGAUAAGCCUCAAUAAUGCAAAUCUCUAAAUUUUAAUAAUGCAAGUCUUACUCUAACUUACAUUUUUGUUAGUUGCCCAUAUAGGUUAUAAAAUGCUCUCUCUGAACAUCAUUAUAGGGUCUGUCAGGCACUCUAACAUUUCCUAUUUGCCAAAAGGAAUGGAAUACAUGAGUAGAUGUUAACUUCCCUGAAAUCACUGCCUUCCACAUGCACCACAGGAAUACAAGCCUACUAUGUUUGAUGGGAAAGACCACUACAAUUAAGUGGUCAUUUGAAAGUAGAGAUUCUGUUGGACAGAAGAAUUAGAGGAAGGUUUAUACUCUCUGACACACACACACACACACACACACAUACACACACAGAAAAGCCUUAACAAAAUUCGAGUAUAUUGUAAUUAGUUUUGUGAAUAUAAAAUUAAAGCACUUAUAUUUAAAAUUAGAAUUAGUGACUUUAAGAUUGAAUGUUGAAUCAAAUUCUCAAGAUUUUACAGAUUUUUUUUCCUGCUAUUCAAAAUUUAAAAUAAAGCUCUCAAUCAUA